AUGAGACUGAGCAAUGCUUUUUUGUUUAUUGACAAAGAGCAGGAAAUACCACUGUGCCGAUCGAAUAAAAGUCCAUGGGUCUGUCUGACGUGUUCAAGUGUCCAUUGUGGAAGAUAUGUAAAUGGCCAUGCAAAAAAACAUUAUGAAGAUGCACAGAUUCCUAUGACCAACCAUAAGAAAACAGAAAAACAAGAGAAAGUUCAGCAUACUGUGUGCAUGGAUUGCAGUAGUUACAGUACAUACUGGACUUCUAAACAUACCAUAAAGUUCUGUAACGUACUGAAACUGCCAGCAAUAAGCCUAAAUGUUUCCCAGAGCAGUACAUACAUUUGCUGGCUUACUGCCAUCUUAGCAGCAGAGGAGGCCUUGGAGUUAGCAGAGGUCAGAGAGCACCUACAGAACUUGGAAAAUUCAGCCUUUACAUCGGACAGACAUAGGAAAAGAAAACUAUUGGAAAACUCAUCUCUGAACAGCAAGUUAUUAAAAGUAAAUGGAAGCACCACUGCCCUUUGUGCCACGGGCCUCCGGAACCUGGGGAAUACGUGUUUCAUGAACGCAAUCCUUCAGUCGCUCAGUAACAUUCAGCAGUUUUGCUGUUACUUCAAAGAGUUGCCCGCUGUGGAGCUGCGGAAUGGGAAGACAGCCGGCAGGCGAACUUACCAUACCAGGAGUCAGGGGGAUAACAAUGUUUCAUUGGUGGAAGAAUUCAGAAAGACACUGUGUGCUUUAUGGCAAGGAAGCCAAACUGCAUUUAGCCCAGAGUCUUUAUUUUAUGUUGUUUGGAAAAUCAUGCCAAAUUUUAGGGGAUACCAGCAACAGGAUGCCCACGAGUUCAUGCGUUACCUUUUGGACCAUCUACACCUGGAACUGCAGGGUGGCUUCAAUGGCGUUUCACGUUCAGUGAUCUUACAAGAAAAUUCUGGCCUGUCUGCAAGCAACAAAUGUUGCAUAAAUGGAGCUUCUACUGUUGUCACAGCAAUCUUUGGAGGCAUUCUUCAAAAUGAAGUAAACUGCUUGAUAUGUGGGACUGAAUCUAGAAAGUUUGACCCAUUCCUAGACCUUUCACUAGAUAUUCCAAGUCAAUUCAGAAAUAAACGUACUAAAAAUCAAGAAAACGGACCAAUGUGCACACUACGAGACUGUCUGCGCAGUUUUACAGACCUGGAAGAACUUGAUGAGACAGAGCUCUAUAUGUGCCACAAAUGCAAAAAGAAACAGAAAUCCACCAAAAAAUUCUGGAUUCAGAAAUUACCAAAGGUGCUAUGCUUACACUUGAAACGAUUUCACUGGACAGCAUAUCUGAGAAACAAGGUUGAUACGUAUGUUGAGUUUCCAUUACGAGGCCUAGACAUGAAAUGCUAUUUGUUAGAGCCUGAAAACAGUGGCCCAGAGAGCUGCCUGUACGACCUUGCAGCUGUUGUGGUGCAUCAUGGUUCAGGCGUUGGCUCCGGACAUUACACCGCAUAUGCAACGCACGAAGGUCGUUGGUUCCAUUUCAACGACAGUACUGUAACUCUGACCGACGAGGAGACUGUGGUAAAGGCAAAGGCCUACAUCCUCUUCUACGUGGAACGGCAAGCCAAAUCUGGAUCAGAUAAACUUUAAUACCUCCUUCUAAUUCUCACUUAUCAAGUCCAUCGGACAAAACAUUUCCAUUUCUCCGUAAAUACUUGAUCCAAGACUAUUAAUUUCAUUGUGCACUUUUCAAUUUCCUCUUGUGGGUUUUAGUUUUGUUGUGUCAAUGGUAGCAUUUGACUUACUGAACUUGGACACAAACUAACUUUUUUAUUAGUUAUACCAGAAAACCUCAGCAGAUUUUGAUUUGCUGCUUUAGUUGUGAUAACUCAAUUUUUAUAUAUAGUUUAAUGAACUACUUAGUUAUUUGACUUUUUUAUAUUAAUGUUUUCAGUUCUCACUUUCUAAAGGCACAUUUACAUCAGAGAAGCUUUCUGUUCUCCUUGCAAGCAAGAUAAAUGUGCUCCUGAUUAUGAAGAGCAAUACAACUUCAUGCUGCUCUCACAGCUGUUAUGUAGAUACAAUUUAAACUCUUUAAAUCAAGGAAAUAUUUGCACGUAUUAUUUUCCUUUGUGCAAGAAACUAAACAGCGACCUCUGAGCAAUCAUUCUUUGUCUGCAGAAGAGAUGAGAGAUGGCAUCGUUAAAUAGACCAGGUAAUUGCUGCUAUUGGUGUGUAUUCAGGCUGCUUACUUUCAGGAAUCAUUGUAAAUAAAUAGUUGGUUCAAUUGUAUCUAUACUGCAGAUUAAUUCAAGUGUUCCUCACAUAUGCUCUUCCCUUCCCUCCCCCUUCAACAUUUUUAAAAAUUAUCUUAAAAUAUAUAUGUCUUAAUUGUGUUGGAUUUGGAUUUUUUUUUUAAUGAAUCUAAAUUGCCGGAAACAUCUCUAUUUCAGAUUUUAAUCCUGAAAUUUGAUCAUAAACAAUGACUUGCUUUAAAACUUGGAGACUUCCUGGCACUGGGGCCCCAACCCCCUUUCCUCAUGGAAUAGGAACGUAGCCCCAAAGCCUGGGAAUCUGUGAAAACACGCUUAACUCUAAACACAGCUCCUGUCCACCUUCAAUGCCUAAAGUUUGCUUAAAACUGAAAGACAGUGUAUGGAAUUCAAGGUGCUUUGUUUGACUUGUGCGCUGCCAGUUCAGUUGCAAACUGUAAAGGGAAGAUACUCAAUUUCAUACACGUAAGAGAUUACACCAUGCUGGUCUGAUGGGAGAUGUUCAGCCAGAACUUCUUGUUGAAUGAAGCAGCAAAAUGGCUGUCAUAUUUACUCGUUAGCCCAGUGUGCUGCUUUUUUAAACAGUCUCUGGACUUGAACUGGCGGUAUCAUACGAUUUCUUAAACCUGUCUGUUGAAUGGAAAAAGGCUUCAGUUUCAAGUUGAAUUUUAGCUGUACUGCUGAUGUUCUGGUUAGCAGAAGUCAGACCCUUUCAAUUAAGGAGAUGUAAAAGAACAGGAGAACCGAUGUUGCAAAAUUUGGGAGUCCAGAAAAUCUGAAAUUUGACAAAUGUGACUUUUCAGUCUCCCCCCCACCUCCCCAAGCCAGCCCCCGUGUUGCUGGGGAGUAACUAGACACUCCUGCAGUCUCAGAAGCUUGGUGAUAAGUGUAGGAUUUACUUUACAGAGAAUCACAGCACCAAACAGCAUCUUCUAGUUGUGAUAACAAAGUACAACAUACUUGUCUGAAAACAUGUAAGAAUUCAAGUAAAAUGUGUGUUUGUUUUUUUUUAAAGCUAAUGCUUCCAAAGGAUAUGCCCACUAAACGUUUCCCUAAAAAUUGUACUGUAGCUCAACUUGAUGCAUAUUUUUUUGAGUAAGCAUUGAUUUCCCUGUUGUGGGCAUACCUGCUAGCUGUACGUUGGCAACUACAAAUAGAAAUCACAAUCCGAUGUUGUUUAAAAGGCAGUCGUUCGUUCUGGCUUUUUCCACAUCAUCUUAAACCAGGAAAGAGACUGGCUUUAUAUAAAAGUGCAGAAAAUGGCCAGCAUUGCUAAUUGUGUUUGACUACAUAAACUAUACAUUAGCUAAAAACCUGUGCCUGUUAGCUACAUUGUGACACACACACACACACACACGUGCAUCUUGUCUUGUUUUUGCCUUAAGUCGAAUAAAUAGAACUAUUCAUUUUUUUUAAUUGUAGAUGCUUGUCACCUACUGUUUUCCAGUUUCUUGCAGUCAGAGCCUUUGUUCCGGCAGAAGAGUUAGCUGUUACCAUUUAUGUGGGCAGAAAAAGGUAUCUGACAGACUUCAUCAUUGUGUGGGGCAGGGGGAAAGUAUCUUUUAACACACAUGGGGCAUUCAAAUAGUUCCAACUGUAUUUGCAUUCUGCAUGCUGCUUCAAUUGGCUUGCUUUAGAAGUUUAGUUUUGGGGGAAUACAAAUAUUAAAAUACACCACUAGCCAUGGCCACAAACAGUUUAACUUGCUGUAGGCAAGUGAAUGCAGGUCUUGCAAAUCGGUGAUGUAAAUGUGCCUUUGUGUAUGUUUAGGAACUUAAAUUUGUAAUUUUCAUCAACAUUCACUUAUUUUAAGCCGUUUCUACUUCUCCAGUUAUUUUUUUUUUUUUCCUUAAUCAAAUUAAUGGUCUCACUUCAGUAUGUCCUUUCAGUAAUCUUUUCUCUGUAACAUGAAGGUCUUGGGCAGUGGCAUCCAGCACGGUCCAUUUCAGCCAUGGCCAUGGGAACACAAUGCAAUCGCGUCACGUCAGUCUUGUUCUUGCAGCAGGUGGUGAUAAGGACUCAGCCAUAUGCGUUGCUGGAACAAGUCCAUCAUAAAUCCUUUCCUAAUCUAACUUUCUCCCACUGCAAACCCAGAUGGACAGUACAAACAGUUUGUUGUGGCAACACAAAUAUUUCUCUUCCUGGUGGAGAACUCUGCUUAUCCACUGUAUUCUAUUCAGUGUGGUGUCAAAAAAAAAAAAAAAAAAAAAAAAGUAAGUAAGUGAGCACUGAACCAGUAACAUAUACUGCACCUGGCCUAGUAUUACAUUUUUAACCUUACUUGUAUAUCCUAUAUUUAUCUACUAGCUUGUGGGAGGGGGGAGAGAUCUGAUUUCAUUUAAGCCAAAUGUUUCUUUUCUACUUACUGCUGAUCAUAGUACACACUAACUGGCAAGAAUUUUUUUCUUGCUCAUGUCUGCUCUGCAAGCAACAACUGCUCUCUACAGUUCAAAGACUCGCAUAGUUUUUUUUGUCACCAAAAUUUGCCUGAUAUAAGGGUGUCCUUUUGUUAGUCAUUGUUUAGCCAUGUAUACAACUGGAGCCAUGACUUCUGUAAAACAAAACUGCAAAAUUUCCAGCUCUCAGAAUAGUGCUUUACUGUGGUGUAUACCGAGCAUUUUAAUGCAGAAUUGUGCAAACCUCUAAGGCACUUAGACCGAGAGCUCCUUCUCAUAGUACGGGCAGAAGGUGUUUUUCCAAGAGGUCAUAGAUGUCAGUGGGAGAUGAGAGGUUAAAACUUUCACAGAUAGCUAGGGAAAAGUGGACUUGUAUCAGAAGCAGGAGGCCAUUUAUAAGGAUUUUGCUAAAUCGAUGGCACGCAUAACGCUUCUUGGUGGUCAAAAGCUUCCCCAGCCAUGUUUCAUUACCGAUGUGUCUCUGUCUUACCGAUGAGGUAAUUGGCACCUUGACAGUUGAUUCCAAUGUGCUUUAGGAUAUCCUCAAGUACUGUAGUGCCAUAGUUGUAAUUGUUUACCAUUAAAAUCUAGUGUGUACGUUUCAGUGAG